UACAUAACUAGAUAUAACUUUCAGUUUCUCUAAUUGCCAGAAAACACAAUAAAGUCGAUUAAUUUUGAUUUGUUGUUGCAUCACAAUGGAAUUUCCGGAGACUGGUAAACAUUGCUCAGUGAAAGACUGCAAAUUGUUGGACUUCUUGCCACUUGUAUGUGAGCAUUGUCAAGUCACUUUCUGUAAAGAUCAUUUCAAUAUGGAAUCGCAUAAGUGUUUGAAAACAGAGAACUCAAAAUCUGUUGUGGAACAAUCGGCAAAUUUUCUAUGCUCUAAAGAGUCUUGCAAAGAUGCAUCACCCGUUGAGAUGCCUUGUAUCAAGUGUAAAAAGCAUUUUUGUGUAACACAUAGACAUCAUGGAUGCUUGGAAUUGAGUGAAACAGAAAAGACACAGAAACUGAAGAAGUGGCAGAUACCAAAGAAACAAUUUGCGGAAGCAAAAGCUAUAGUAGAUCAACAGAUUGCGGACAGUUUGAAGAAAUCUAAAAAUGUAGCAUUGGCAAAUAAAGUACAACUCAUGCGUGUGAAAUGUUCUGCAAUUGGUCCUAAAAAUGUACCAACGAGCGAGAGAAGUUACUUUCUUGUACAUUUGCCGUUGACAGUAAAAAAUAAACAUAUAGGCACUUCGAAAGGAGCUUUUGUCAACACGAACUGGACAAUUGGCAAAUGCAUAGAUUCAAUAGCGGAUACACUUAAAGUUCCCAACAAUAAUAACACAACCACCACGAAUAAGUUAAAACUCUUCCGUCAUUCUACCGGAGAUCUAAUAUGUAACAAGAUGGAUACACCUUUAACGCAAUUAUUUGAAGAUUUAGCUAUUUUUGAUGGAGAGCGAGUUAUUUUAGAAUAUUCUGAUAAUGUACCUGAUAAUGUAAUAGAUUCAUCUUUAUAUAAAUAA